AUGGGUAUUCCAUCCUCAUUACCCACAAACCCUAACCCCAGCCCCAGUCCGCCGCUCCCUAAGUCAUCGCCACCACAAACGCCGCCAUUACCUCAAUCGCCACCACCUCAGUCACCGCCACCACCCCCAAGCCAAAUAUCACCUUUCAUUCCGCCGACUCCCCUCUCGCCGCAAUCCGAGCCACAAAAUGAAACACCAAUUCCCGACACCCAUUCCCCAGAACCAGCGCCUGAACCUGUGCCUACUCAAACGAGAACCCAAGGCAAAACAAAAAAAGCUGCAAGUAAACUUAAGAAAACCCCUGUCGGAAAACGGAAACGAGUACCCUCUGUUCCUUUCGACCUGAAUUCUCCACCUCAGCCGUCCUUUGAACCAGUUAGCAAAAGGACCAGCUGGACUAAUUUUGCUAAAAUUAGGGAACCAGUGUAUAAGGAUUUAACCCUGGAAUUUUUGAGUUCCCUAAGGUUGAGUUUCAAACCAACAGUGCCUGAACAUAAAGAUAUGAUAUAUUUUCGAUGUGCUGGAAUUGAUAGGGAAUUAGACAUGGCUGCUAUGAAUGCAAUUUUUGGUUUUCAGGAUUCAGGAUAUAAAAACAUUGAGUGGCAGCAAACUGUUUAUGACCCUGUUCAAUUUUGGAAGGAUAUUGCACCUUUUGGGGAUUAA